UGCUAAUUGAUUCCUGUUUGUUUUCUUUGUUAAUGCAUUAUUUUUUCAGGAGCUGAUAAGUGAACUGUGGCAUUAGGGCGACCUUAGGGCUGAGAGGGAUUCCUAUCACCAAAAAGACAAAAAGGAAAAAUCCCUGACUUGUUUUUCCGAACUAAACGCUAUGAAGAAAGUUCCAUUGGUCAUCUUCUGGAAGUCCCCAGUAAUCGGCGUGUCAUUCAUUAAAACAAAAAGGAGUGGAAAAAAAGUAGUGAGAUGACUAACCGGACGUACCACUUCUGCUUUCCCGACCUUAAAUAUUGGAUGCCUCCAGAUGUUUGUCAGUUCAGCAAGCCCUCUAGAGAAGAAAGAACAACAUUUAGCACUUUACUAAGUAUUUAUCUAUUUAAUUUAAUAUCUUUUACCCUUCUUUGAAAAUGGAAAACUGUGGAAACAUGUUCAAGAGUGUUCUGGUCUUCAUCGCCCUGGUAGCGAUGGUUCAGUAUGGAUCGGCAGAAAAGCUGGAUUCCUGCUGUAAAACAGUCAACAAAAAGGAGAUAACUGACCCAAUCUUAGGGUACGCUACCCAGAGACGUAAUCCUCCAUGUGUCGCAGCUAUCAUCUUCCAGACCGAGAAAGGCUAUUUCUGCAGUUACCUGAACGCUCCCUGGGUUUUUCCCAAGAUUAAAGCAUUCAAUAAAGCGAAAGCUAUUGGUGCUGCUUUGAAGGCCCCAUCAUCUACUGCCUCCCUGCUCUCCAUCAUUACAUCCACUGCAUCACCCUCCACUCGUUCCUCAUCCCCGACUCCCAUCUCCCCAUCGUCCACUCCUCUUUCCUCAUCCUCUUUUGAUUCUUUCUCAACCUCUUUUGAUUCUUCCUCAUCCUCUUUUGAUUCUUCCUCAACCUCUUUUGAUUCUUCCUCAACCUCUUUUGAUUCUUCCUCAACCUCUUUCCCUUCUUCGUCCUUCACAUCUGAGACGCCUGCUGCUGAAACCUCUUCAGGAAACUAGUUGAGCAACGGGUAGCAUCGUCUCCACCUCCAGUCCCCCAACGAAGAGUGAAAUUAUCGAGGAGUUCAAGAUGAUGGCCUCAGCACUGAUACAAACUAAUGUUGGAAAUAGCACUUGAUGAUGUUAAAUUAUUAUGUGUCAUAUUUAGUCACGUUAAAUGAAUUAAGAGUCAAGUUAUUUAUUUGUUGAAUUUAAUUGAACAUUGCUUAUAGAAGUAUUCAUGUAUUUAUUACAAAAUGUAUUUAUCAAUGUUAACACGUUACUGUAUACAAAUUCAUGGAGGUAGUCCUGAGGAGCUUUGAGCUAUUUAUUCAUUUUAAAAUGUGUUGUGAAACCAAGAGAUAUUAUAACAAAUAAAUAUUACACAUCUGA